CAUGGCAGCAAAGGGAUCAUUUUGGUCUACGGCAGAGGUGCAGUGUUUGCUGGAAAUUUGGGCAGACGAGAGUAUACAGGAACAACUGGAUACAACACACAAGAACUCCAAGAUAUUUGGUAUAAUUCGCGACUAUCUUCAUGCUCGUGGAUACCACAGAACCAUUGAACAAUGCCGUGACAAGCUGAAAAAACUGCGGGUUCAGUAUCUGAAGGUACGGUAUGCGCUCCAUAAAUCUGGCAGCUUACCGGACGAAAAGGAUAAAUUCCAAUGGUACGAUGCUAUCGACAAAAUAAUCGGCAUUAAACCAAGUAGCAAACCAAAUGUUUUGGAGUCGUAUUCGGGAACACCACCUGCACCAUCUGAUAACGUUACGGAGGACACCGGACCGGCGAGCCCAGUGAGCAUCACAUCACUCACUUCAGAUCAGUCACACAAUGGUGAGGGGACACACGCUGAGACCGAUCGUAGUACACCUGAUAGAACACGCUCAAAACAGAGCAGGAAGAGGAAGAGGAAGAUGAAGACAGACGUGAGUGACAUGAUGGCGGCCUUUAUGGACAUGCAAAAGAAACAGCAUGAUGAAUUCAUGAGAGAGGAGCAGCAGCGUCACCAGCAAGAGAAGGAGAUGCUCGAUAACUGGAUGAAGGCACAGAUGGAGAUGGAGGAGCGUCGGCAACAGGUACAGAGGGAGGAACGCCAAGAGGCAAACAGGAUGUUCCAGCAAAUGAUGAGCAGACUGUUUGAUGUCAUGGUGCCUUUAUUCCAGCAGCACACACCUUCACAUCCACAACAUCAUCAUCCCCCUCCUCUUCGCUAUUCCCACCCUGCCCGUGAGGAGACGCCACCAGCCUACCUUGAUAAGCCCUACGUUAAGGCUGAACAGGAAAGUGGCUUGCAUUAUUCAAGGGAUCAAAUAAAAUGCGAAGGUGAUGAAAAUUUAUUGAAUAAUCACAUGAAUUUUGAAGUUGAAGCUGCAGCUGAUUGUGAAGUCAGGAUUGGUGAAGAUGGAGAUUACAUUAAAGCAGAAGAUGAUAGUGACUUGAAGGAUUUUAACUGUGUUGAGGGUAACUGAUCGAAUAAAAUGUGAAGACUAUGAAUAAUCGUUCCUUGAAUAAUCUUAACAGUACUGAAACUAAUGAAGUUGACGAUGGUUGUGAAGACGGAAGUAUUUCUUUGUGCCAAAGAACUUAAUCCACAUGAAAAUUAUAUGGUUUGUGACAUGUAGACAAUGCAAUUUGAAGACUUCAAUCAGCAAUUUAAAAUGUAUGAAGCAAGUAUUCAGAGUAACUUUGCUGAGAAAAGCAUGUCCAGGACAUUAAUUGAACAACAGGGAAUUAAUUCAGAAGAAAAAGUAUGCAGAUAUACCCAUCACAAGAAGUGUUUUAAUUCAGCUUCCAAUUUAACUCAACACCAGUUAAGCCAUACAGAUGAUCUUUUAGGUUUACUCAGUGUGGGAAAACAUUUAAACAGACUUGUAAUUUGAACCAAAUGAAAAUUCAUCUAGGUGAAAAACUUUACAUCUGUACUCAGUAUGGGAAGGAUUUUAUGCAGCCAUGUUAGAAUGACAUCAGAUUAUUUGUUUAAUUAGGGAACCACACACUUGUACUUUGUGUGGGAGAAACUUUAGUUUGGCAUCUAAAUUAAAACAGCACCAUAGAAUUCAUCCAUUCGUUUCCCAGUCUAAUUUAAAACAACACCAGAUAGCCCAUACAGGUAAAAAAUGUUUGUUUGUACUGACUGGGGGUUUAGAACAGGUAAUUUGCUAAACCAUCAGAAAAUGAAUUCAGAUGAGAAGUAAUUGCACUAGGUGUGGCGGUCAUUAUUAACAUAUCAUUUGAAACAACACCGUUCAUUAAGAUUUAAAACUGUACAGUUGUACCGUGUGGGAAGUGCUUUGGAAUUACAUCUCAUUUGAAUAAUCACCUUCUUACACACUUAGGUGAAUCAAACACCGGUGUGUAAAGUGUUCUAAUAAUGCAUUCAAAAGAAAACACCAGCAAGAAGUAAUUCACGUAGGUGGAAAAACUAUACAUUGUACCCACUACUGGAAGCAUUUUACGUGCUUAAUUAAAAAAAAACUCAUACAGGUGAAAACAUGUGGAUGUGUGGGUAUGAAUGGGCACAAGAUUCAAAUGAAUACCAGACAAUUCAUACAUCUGAGAAGCAUGCUUAUUUAAUUAGGGAAUAGCAUUUCAUUUGAAAUGAUCCCUGAGAAUUUGUACAGUUGAAAAGUUGUGUAUGAUUGUCAAAUGCUUUAACCAGGUAUUUUGUUUUAAACAACACCAGAGAAUUAUUUCAGAGGAAAAAUCAACUACUUGCACAUGUGGCCAGUGUGGGAAGUGUUGGUAUUGGAUAUGUCAAUUUAAACAUCAGAGACAUGUUCAGGUGAGAAAUCAUAUGUUAUUACUUGUGUGGGAAGUAUUUGUGUUUCAUUUGAACUGUCAUCUGAAUGACAAGGGGAUGAACCACAGACUGGUAUCUAAAAUGACAGACGUUUUAAUUGUGCAUCCAAAUGAAAACACGAAAAAUAGCAAAUCUGUAAACCUCAAGAUCACACAGGUCUACCCAGUUUAAAACAGAAAGCUGAAAAGCUGUACAUAUAUAACCAGUGAGUGGCUUGUCAUUUUAAAUGAUCCUAGAGGGUUCCUAGUGGUAUACAGGUGAAUGUGACCAGUAUUAAGGAAUGUAGGUCCAGAGUUCCCAACUUGGUGAGUUUCAUACUGCAUUCAUUUUAGAAAGGUGGAGUGAUGUACCAUGACAAGCUGUGCUAAAAAGGAUGCAUUUUGUUAAAAAUAAACGGAGCCAAUAUAAGUUUGCAGCUAAAAUCAGAACCAAACGACUGAGCACAAAUGUAAAAUUACACACAUACACAAUACCCUGUCAUGAUGCAAGAAGUGGGUUAAUAAGGAUGGAGAGAAAACCUGUUCUGUUUGUUCCACACUUAAUAUAUUGUAUGAUACAUGCAGAAUUCCAGUUUUAAUUAUUAUUGGAGUGAUUUAAUCUUAAUUAUCAUUAAAUUACAGUUAACUCAUCAACUUUGUAUACAGAGCGCUUAUUAGUAGAGACGUUUAGUAGCCUUUUAUGAUGCAAAGAGAUUGGAAAAGGGCCAGGUUUCCACACUGCAGUUUAUGAAUGAGGUAUUUUAACAUCAUGGUUCAGGAAAAUGCCUUUGAUGUCCGUACACUAUGCUGUAUCAAGUACUCGGAUGGCAUUGAUGGAUCUCUGUCACUAUGCGUCCAAUUCAUCCUAAGUGAAUGGAAGCCACAACUGAAUAUCACCUAGCUCACUCCAGGCGAUCUACCCCUGCAGGGCUAAUGCAAUUAGUACUCUGUCCUGCCCUUUACCCUGACCAUGUCCUUCUUACUGGUAAGGUCAGUCCCCACCCCUAACACUUAUUGCUGGUUUUCCUGUGCAGGUUUCCAGGAGUCAGUUAGCAGAGAGAUCAUUAACUGGGUCUAACAGUGACAUUUUAUUGCAUGAAUUUGCAAUGAAAUUUGCAGGUGAAAGGAGCAGCUAAGAAGGGAGUGCGUGAUGCCUUGAAACAGCAGGGAGGCCUGUGGUGCCAGUGGGGUCCACACACUGCCCGCUACUCCUCCUCCAGGCUAACACGUUUAACAGCUGGUCCCAUAGGGUUACUGCUGUACAGCUGCCACCUACCUCUGGUUUUUUUCAUUACCACAAUGAAUGAAAAAACUGACACUAUCAUUGCAACCAAAAUGACAGGUAUUGAGAAAGAUCUUGCCAUUCAAGUUAAACAAGAAUGGGUUUUAUUUCUCCCUUCUGAUGGUGAAACUAUUAUAAAAACCAGGAAAAUACA